GCCCCUGGUUCCAAAGCCUGGGAUCCGCAAGCGGGCGGCAGGCGGGGACCGAGGCCGAGGGAGGUUGUCCCUGAUCAGGGAGGCUCGAGAAGCGUUUCGCAGGCGACCUCGGGCGACCACCGGGCCCGCUGGAGCCCGGCCUCGGCGGGCCCUGCACACCUCGGCGGGAGCUUGGAGUCCGUCGGUCCGCGGGAAGGAGGCCGGCAUCCGAGCGUGCGGCCGGGCUGCGCCUUCGUUUUGUUCCGGUGGUCCCGGGCCGGGCGCUGCUCACCUCCGUCCCCGAGAAGUGAUUAGAAUGGCUUCCAGAGGAAAGACAGAGACAAGCAAACUAAAGCAGAAUUUAGAAGAGCAGUUGGAUAGACUGAUGCAGCAGUUACAAGAUCUGGAGGAAUGCAGGGAGGAGCUCGAUGCAGAUGAAUAUGAAGAAACUAAAAAGGAAACUUUGGAGCAGUUGAGUGAAUUCAACGAUUCGCUGAAGAAGAUUAUGUCAGGAAAUAUGACGUUGGUAGAUGAACUCAGUGGGAUGCAGCUGGCCAUUCAGGCAGCCAUCAGCCAGGCCUUUAAAACUCCUGAAGUCAUCAGAUUGUUUGCGAAGAAACAACCAGGCCAACUGCGGACAAGGCUAGCUGAGAUGGACAGAGAUCUGAUGGUGGGGAAGCUGGAAAGAGACCUGUAUACCCAGCAGAAGGUGGAGAUACUGACAGCGCUCAGGAAGCUCGGAGAGAAGCUGACAGAAGACGAUGAGACCUUCCUGUCAGCCAAUGCAGGGGCUGUGCUCAGCCAGUUUGAAAAAGUCUCCACAGAGCUCGGCUCUGGAGACAAAGUCCUGGCUCUGGCAGGGUUCGACGUUGAAAAAGCCAAGAAAUGACGGUGUGGUGGGUUUGGCUCUGCCGGCCCCACCCCUCCUGCACACGGUGCUUCCAUCCUGAGGACUCAGGCAACACAAAGCUGUAGAGACUCUCACAAUGCAGCAACAGCCCAGGAACAGGUGACUUGGAACACAGUGUGACUUCUGCUUAGGGUCCUCACCCCUCUCUCUGUGGAUCUCCCUUCUUACAUGACCCCAGGCUUGUUGGACAGAGGGACAUUGUUCACUAUGAUUUGUUUUGUUAAGAUGUCUUGUUUUUAGUGCUGAUAGGGGUGAGAGCUAUUAGCUAGUGGCUGUCCUGACUUCUGUCUGCGUGCCUUGGGAUGAACAGCAGUGAUGUCCCUGGCUCUCCUGUGGCUGGAAAAUCUUAGAAACCUUUUCAGUUUUUACACAAGGAAACCAAGACUUAGCACUUGUGAUGUCUAAAGUCACAUUAGAGGCAGAGCUGGGGCUGGGGCUCAGGUGCCCUGAAUCCAAGUUUUACUUCUUCAUUCUGUGCUGUUUUUAUAUAUAUAAUAAUGAACUUGUAUUUGUGCAAAUUGGUGUCUAUGAACAUUCAGUGUCCUAACUCAGUUGAAUGGGCACUGAGGGGCUGUUCCUAGCCUGUUCUUGGGCAGCAUGAAUGGGCCCCAUUGUAUCUGUGGGUUCCUAAGAAACAACAAUGGGAGCCCUGUUGAGAGCCUCCUGAAGCAACUUAACCCCCUGCCUGUCUCAGUGGGGGAAGCAAUAGGAAAUGGCAGCCCGCAGCCCUCUGGGUCUGACCUCUUGCCAGCUCUGUGGUGGUAACAGCAAGUUACUAUCAACUGUGCAGUUUGGGGAGAAACACAAAAUAAGUUAUGAGGAAAGAGAGUUUCUCCCUGGGAGCCAUGGCUCCGAAUGGGCAGCCUCACCCUUGUCUGUCUGUCUGUCUUUCUCCCCCCCCACACACAUACACACACCUUCCCAGGCAUCGCCUGAAUUGGAUUCCUUUCUGUAUGUAUUUCUCUCUUUCUCUCUCUCUCUCUCUCUCUCUCUCUCUCUCUCUCUCUCUGAAUUGGAUUCCUU